AAACUGAACACAGGUGACCUUCAGAGAACAAUUGGCUCCAUAAAUCUGGGCGAGUGUGUCAAGCCACAACAGACUUUAAAAGAAGCAGCAACAAGACUUGAGGCACCGGCGGACUAGUGGACAGUUCACUUAACACAAACAAGACCUGAAGUCGUCUACGGGUGCACUGUGGUGGACAAGAGCAAAAAAAAAAAACACCUGACAGUAGUCAGUGCUCGGACGAUGCGGAAGUGAAAGCGGGAGGUCCCUCUGAGACAAGCAGCGUGAUGGCGGUCAAGAAGGUGCGGCGGAGGAUCGUGUCCAAAGACGGACGCAACCAGGUCCACAUCGACAACGUGGAGGGCAUGGUCAAGCUGUACCUCCACGACAUCUGGACCACGGUGGUGGACAUGAAGUGGCGCUACAAGCUCACUCUGUUCGCCUCCACCUUCGUCAUCACCUGGUUCAUCUUCGGCGUGCUCUUCUACUUCAUCAGCAUGGGCAAUGGGGACCUGGAGGCCACGCUGCCCUCCAACCACACGCCGUGUCUGGAGAACGUCAAGACCUUCACCGGCGCCUUCCUCUUCUCGCUGGAAUCGCAGACCACCAUAGGGUACGGCUUCCGCUACAUCACGGAGGAGUGCCCGCUGGCCAUCUUCACGCUGGUGGCCCAGCUGGUCAUCACGGGUCUGGCCGAGAUCUUCGUCACCGGAGCCUUCCUGGCCAAGCUGGCCCGGCCCAAGAAGCGGGCGGAGACCAUCAAGUUCAGCCAGUCGGCGGUGGUCUGCCGCCGCCAGGGCCAGCUGUGCCUGAUGGUGAGGGUGGCCAACAUGAGGAAGAGCCUGCUGAUCCAGUGCCAGCUCACAGGGAAGAUCCUGCACUCCUACGUCACCCAGGAGGGCGAGAAGACCCAGGUGCACCAAACCUCGCUGGACUUCUUCAUGGACUCCAGCAGCGAGUGCCCCUUCCUCAUCCUGCCGCUCACCUUCUACCACAUUCUGGACGAGCGCAGCCCGCUAGCGGACUUGACCGCCGACAACCUGCAGAGUCGAGACUUCGAGCUGCUGGUGACCCUCAACGGCACCAUGGAGUCCACCGCCGCCACGUGCCAGAGCCGCACGUCCUACAUCCCCCAGGAGAUCCUGUGGGGCUACGAGUUCAAGCCCGUGCUCUUCAGCACCCCCAGUGGCCGCUACGUGGCCGAUUUCAACUUCUUCGAUAAAGUGCAAGCGAGCGCCGACGCCACCUUCCCCAACAACGGCGAGAAGCUAAAACUGGAGGAGGACUACAAGAGAUAGGGACUGAAUCGGGAAAUGCUACGCCAGUUGAGGUCUAAGGCAGUGGUUCUUAACCUUGUUGGAGGUACCGAACCACACCAGUUUCAUAUUCACAUUCACCGAACCCUUCUUUUGUGAAAAAUAAAAUGUUUUUUUUUCAAAUUCAAGACAAAGUUAUAUGUUUUUGGUUAUACUUUAUUAUGGGAAACAAAUUCUAAGUAACAAAGACUGAAUUUAGAGUUAUUUGGACACUAGGGGAACAUAUUCUAAGUAAUAAAGACUUAAUUUAGCGUUAUUUGGACACUAGGGGAACAUAUUGUAAUUAACAAAGACCUAAUAUAGAGUUAUUUGGAGACUAGGGGAACAUAUUCUAAGUAAUAAAGACUUAAUUUAAAAAUAUUUGGAAACUAGGGGAACAUAUUCUAAGUAACAAAGACUUAAUUUAGAGUUAUUUGAACACUAGGGGAUCAUAUUUUAAGUUAAAAAAGACUUAAUUUAGAGUUAUUUGGACACUAGGGGAACAUAUUCUAAGUUAAAAAUACUUAAUUUAGAGUUAUUUGGACACUAGGGGAACAUAUAAGUAACAAAGACUUAAUUUAAAGUUAUUUGGACACUAGGGGAACAUAUUCUAAGUAACAAAGACUUAAUUUAGAGUUAUUUGGACACUAGGGGAACAUAUAAGUAACAAAGACUUAAUUUAGAGUUAUUUGGACACUAGGGGAACAUAUUCCAAGUAACAAAGACUUAAUUUAGAGUUAUUUGGACACUAGAGGAACAUAUAAGUAAAAAAGACUUAAUUUAGAGUUAUUUGGACACUAGGGGAACAUAUUCUUUGUAACAAACACUUAAUUUAGAGUUAUUUAGACACUAAGGGAACAUAUUCUAAGUAACAGAGACUUAAUUUAAAGUUAUUUGGACACUAGGGGAACAUAUUCUAAGUUAAAAAGAAUUAAUUUAGAGUUAUUUGGACACCAGGGGAACAUAUUCUAAGUUAAAAAGAAUUAAUUUUGAGUUAUUUGGACACUAGGGGAACAUAUUCUAUGUAACAAACACUUAAUUUAGAGUUAUUUAGACACUAGGGGAACAUAUUCUAAGUAACAGAGACUUAAUUUAGAGUUAUUUGGACACUAGGGGAACAUAUUCUAAGUAACAAAAACUUAAUUUAGCGUUAUUUGGACACUAGGGGAACAUAUUGUAAUUAACAAAGACCUAAUAUAGAGUUAUUUGGACACUAGGGGAACAUAUUCUAAGUAAUAAAGACUUAAUUUAAAAAUAUUUGGACACUAGGGGAACAUAUUCUAAGUAACAAAGACUUAAUUUAGAGUUAUUUGGACACCAGGGGAACAUAUUUUAAGUUACAAACACUUAAUUUAGAGUUAUUUGGACACUAGGGGAACAUAUUCUAAGUAAUAAAGACUUAAUUUAGCGUUAUUUGGACACUAGGGGAACAUAUUGUAAUUAACAAAGACCUAAUAUAGAGUUAUUUGGAGACUAGGGGAACAUAUUCUAAGUAAUAAAGACUUAAUUUAAAAAUAUUUGGAAACUAGGGGAACAUAUUCUAAGUAACAAAGACUUAAUUUAGAGUUAUUUGAACACUAGGGGAUCAUAUUUUAAGUUAAAAAAGACUUAAUUUAGAGUUAUUUGGACACUAGGGGAACAUAUUCUAAGUUAAAAAUACUUAAUUUAGAGUUAUUUGGACACUAGGGGAACAUAUAAGUAACAAAGACUUAAUUUAAAGUUAUUUGGACACUAGGGGAACAUAUUCUAAGUAACAAAGACUUAAUUUAGAGUUAUUUGGACACUAGGGGAACAUAUAAGUAACAAAGACUUAAUUUAGAGUUAUUUGGACACUAGGGGAACAUAUUCUAAGUAACAAAGACUUAAUUUAGAGUUAUUUGGACACUAGGGGAACAUAUAAGUAAAAAAAGACUUAAUUUAGAGUUAUUUGGACACUAGGGGAACAUAUUCUAAGUAACAAAGACUUAAUUUAGAGUUAUUUGGACACUAGGGGAACAUAUUCUAAGUUAAAAAGAAUUAAUUUUGAGUUAUUUGGACACUAGGGGAACAUAUUCUUUGUAACAAACACUUAAUUUAGAGUUAUUUAGACACUAGGGGAACAUAUUCUAAGUAACAGAGACUUAAUUUAGAGUUAUUUGGACACUAGGGGAACAUAUUCUAAGUUAAAAAGAAUUAAUUUAGAGUUAUUUGGACACCAGGGGAACAUAUUCUAAGUUGAAAAGAAUUAAUUUUGAGUUAUUUGGACACUAGGGGAACAUAUUCUAUGUAACAAACACUUAAUUUAGAGUUAUUUAGACACUAGGGGAACAUAUUCUAAGUAACAGAGACUUAAUUUAGAGUUAUUUGGACACUAGGGGAACAUAUUCUAAGUAACAAAGACUUAAUUUAGAGUUAUUUGGACACUAGGGGAAAAUAGUCUAAGUAAUAAAGACCUAAUUUAGAGUUAUUUGGACACUAGGGGAACAUAUUCUAGGUUAAAAAGACUUAAUGUAGAGUUAUUUGGACACUAGGGGAACAUAUUUUAAGUAACAAAGACUUAAUUCAGAGUUAUUUGGACACUAGGGGAACAUAUUCUAAGUUAAAAAGACUUACUUUAGAGUUAUUUGGACACUAGGGGAACAUAUUCUAAGUAAUACAGACUUAAUUUAGAGUUAUUUGGACACUAGGAGAACAUAUUUAAGUAACAAAGACCUAAUUUAGAGUUAUUUGGACACUAGGGGAACAUAGUCAAAGUAACAAAGACGUAUUUUAGAGUUAUUUAGACACUAGGGGAACAUAUUCUAAGUUAAAAAGACUUAUUUUAGAGUUAUUUGGACACUAAGGGAACAUAUUGUAAUUAACAAAGACCUAAUAUAGAGUUAUUUGGACACUAAGGGAACAUAUUCUAAGUUAAAAAUAUUUAAUUUAGAGUUAUUUAGACACUAGGGGAACAUAUUCUAAGUUAAAAAGACUUAAUUUAGAGUUAUUUGGACACUAGGGGAACAUAUUCUAAGUUAAAAAGACUUAAUUUAGAGUUAUUUAGGCACUAGAGGAACAUAUUCUAAGUUAAAAAGACUUAAUUUAGAGUUAUUUAGACACUAGGGGAACAUAUUGUAAUUAACAAAGACCUAAUAUAGAGUUAUUUGGACACUAAGGGAACAUAUUCUAAGUUAAAAAUAUUUAAUUUAGAGUUAUUUAGACACUAGGGGAACAUAUUCUAAGUUAAAAAGACUUAAUUUAGAGUUAUUUGGACACUAGGGGAACAUAUUCUAAGUUAAAAAGACUUAAUUUAGAGUUAUUUGGACACUAGGGGAACAUAUUCUUUGUAACAAACACUUAAUUUAGAGUUAUUUAGACACUAGGGGAACAUAUUCUAAGUAACAGAGACUUAAUUUAGAGUUAUUUGGACACUAGGGAACAUAUUCUAAUUUAAAAAGAAUUAAUUUAGAGUUAUUUGGACACCAGGGGAACAUAUUCUAAGUUAAAAAGAAUUAAUUUUGAGUUAUUUGGACACUAGGGGAACAUAUUCUAUGUAACAAACACUUAAUUUAGAGUUAUUUAGACACUAGGGGAACAUAUUCUAAGUAACAGAGACUUAAUUUAGAGUUAUUUGGACACUAGGGGAACAUAUUCAAAGUUAAAAAUACUUAAUUUAGAGUUAUUUGGACACUAGGGGAACAUAUUCUAGGUUAAAAAGACUUAAUGUAGAGUUAUUUGGACACUAGGGGAACAUAUUCUAAGUAACAAAGACUUAAUUUAGAGUUAUUUAGACACUAGGGGAACAUAUUCAAAGUUAAAAAGACUUAAUUUAGAGUUAUUUGGACACUAGGGGAACAUAUUCUAGGUUAAAAAGACUUAAUGUAGAGUUAUUUGGACACUAGGGGAACAUAUUUUAAGUAACAAAGACUUAAUUCAGAGUUAUUUGGACACUAGGGGAACAUAUUCUAAGUUAAAAAGACUUACUUUAGAGUUAUUUGGACACUAGGGGAACAUAUUCUAAGUAAUAGAGACUUAAUUUAGAGUUAUUUGGACACUAGGGGAACAUAUUCAAAGUUAAAAAGACUUAAUUUAGAGUUAUUUGGACACUAGGGGAACAUAUUCUAGGUUAAAAAGACUUAAUGUAGAGUUAUUUGGACACUAGGGGAACAUAUUUUAAGUAACAAAGACUUAAUUCAGAGUUAUUUGGACACUAGGGGAACAUAUUCUAAGUUAAAAAGACUUACUUUAGAGUUAUUUGGACACUAGGGGAACAUAUUCUAAGUAAUAGAGACUUAAUUUAGAGUUAUUUGGACACUAGGGGAACAUAUUUAAGUAACAAAGACCUAAUUUAGAGUUAUUUGGACACUAGGGGAACAUAGUCAAAGUAACAAAGACGUAUUUUAGAGUUAUUUAGACACUAGGGGAACAUAUUCUAAGUUAAAAAGACUUAAUUUAGAGUUAUUUGGACACUAAGGGAACAUAUUCUAAGUAAUAAAGACUUAAUUUAAAAAUAUUUGGAAAUCAGGGGAACAUAUUCUAAGUAACAAAGACUUAAUUUAGAGUUAUUUGGACACUAGGGGAACAUAUUCUAAGUUAAAAAUACUUUAUUUAGAGUUAUUUAGGCACUAGAGGAACAUAUUCUAAGUUAAAAAGACUUAAUUUAGAGUUAUUUAGACACUAGGGGAACAUAUUGUAAUUAACAAAGACCUAAUAUAGAGUUAUUUGGACACUAAGGGAACAUAUUCUAAGUUGAAAAUAUUUAAUUUAGAGUUAUUUAGACACUAGGGGAACAUAUUCUAAGUUAAAAAGACUUAAUUUAGAGUUAUUUGGACACUAGGGGAACAUAUUCUAAGUAACAAAGACCUAAUAUAGAGUUUUUUGGACACUAGGGGAACAUAUUCUAAGUAACAAAGACCUAAUAUAGAGUUAUUUGGAAACUAGGGGAACAUAUUCUAAGUAAUAAAGACUUAAUUUAGAGUUAUUUGGAAACUAGGGGAACAUAUUCUAAGUUAAAAAGAUUUAAUUUUGAGUUAUUUAGACACUAGGGGAACAUAUUGUAAGUUAAAAAGACUUAAUUUAGAGUUAUUUGGACACUAGGGGAACAUAUUCUUUGUAACAAACACUUAAUUUAGAGUUAUUUAGACACUAGGGGAACAUAUUCUAAGUAACAGAGACUUAAUUUAGAGUUAUUUGGACACUAGGGGAACAUAUUCUAAGUUAAAAAGAAUUAAUUUAGAGUUAUUUGGACACCAGGGGAACAUAUUCUAAGUUAAAAAGAAUUAAUUUUGAGUUAUUUGGACACUAGGGGAACAUAUUCUAUGUAACAAACACUUAAUUUAGAGUUAUUUAGACACUAGGGGAACAUAUUCUAUGUAACAAACACUUAAUUUAGAGUUAUUUAGACACUAGGGGAACAUAUUCUAAGUAACAGAGACUUAAUUUAGAGUUAUUUGGACACUAGGGGAAAAUAUUCUAAGUAACAAAGACUUAAUUUAGAGUUAUUUGGACACUAGGGGAAAAUAGUCUAAGUAAUAAAGACCUAAUUUAGAGUUAUUUGGACACUAGGGGAACAUAUUCUAAGUAACAAAGACUUAAUUUAGAGUUAUUUAGACACUAGGGGAACAUAUUCAAAGUUAAAAAUACUUAAUUUAGAGUUAUUUGGACACUAGGGGAACAUAUUCUAGGUUAAAAAGACUUAAUGUAGAGUUAUUUGGACACUAGGGGAACAUAUUUUAAGUAAUAAAGACUUAAUUCAGAGUUAUUUGGACACUAGGGGAACAUAUUCUAAGUUAAAAAGACUUACUUUAGAGUUAUUUGGACACUAGGGGAACAUACUCUAAGUAAUAGAGACUUAAUUUAGAGUUAUUUGGACACUAGGGGAACAUAUUUAAGUAACAAAGACCUAAUUUAGAGUUAUUUGGACACUAGGGGAACAUAGUCAAAGUAACAAAGACGUAUUUUAGAGUUAUUUAGACACUAGGGGAACAUAUUCUAAGUUAAAAAGACUUAAUCUAGAGUUAUUUGGACACUAGGGGAACAUAUUCUAAGUAAGAAAGACUUAAUUUAGAGUUAUUUGGAAACUAGGGGAACAUAUUCUAAGUUAAAAAUAUUUAAUUUAGAGUUAUUUAGACACUAGGGGAACAUAUUCAAAGUUAAAAAGACUUAAUUUAGAGUUAUUUGGACACUAGGGGAACAUAUUCUAGGUUAAAAAGACUUAAUGUAGAGUUAUUUGGACACUAGGUGAACAUAUUUUAAGUAACAAAGACUUAAUUCAGAGUUAUUUGGACACUAGGGGAACAUAUUCUAAGUUAAAAAGACUUACUUUAGAGUUAUUUGGACACUAGGGGAACAUAUUCUAAGUAAUAGAGACUUAAUUUAGAGUUAUUUGGACACUAGCGGAACAUAUUUAAGUAACAAAGACCUAAUUUAGAGUUAUUUGGACACUAGGGGAACAUAGUCAAAGUAACAAAGACGUAUUUUAGAGUUAUUUAGACACUAGGGGAACAUAUUCUAAGUUAAAAAGACUUAAUUUAGAGUUAUUUGGACACUAAGGGAACAUAUUGUAAUUAACAAAGACCUAAUAUAGAGUUAUUUGGACACUAGGGGAACAUAUUCUAAGUAAUAAAGACUUAAUUUAAAAAUAUUUGGAAAUCAGGGGAACAUAUUCUAAGUAACAAAGACUUAAUUUAGAGUUAUUUGGACACUAGGGGAACAUAUUCUAAGUUAAAAAUACUUUAUUUAGAGUUAUUUAGGCACUAGAGGAACAUAUUCUAAGUUAAAAAGACUUAAUUUAGAGUUAUUUAGACACUAGGGGAACAUAUUUUACUUAACAAAGACCUAAUAUAGAGUUAUUUGGACACUAAGGGAACAUAUUCAAAGUUAAAAAUAUUUAAUUUAGAGUUAUUUAGACACUAGGGGAACAUAUUCUAAGUUAAAAAGACUUAAUUUAGAGUUAUUUGGACACUAGGGGAACAUAUUCUAAGUAACAAAGACCUAAUAUAGAGUUUUUUGGACACUAGGGGAACAUAUUCUAAGUAACAAAGACCUAAUAUAGAGUUUUUUGGACACUAGGGGAACAUAUUCUAAGUAACAAAGACCUAAUAUAGAGUUAUUUGGACACUAGGGGAACAUAUUCUAAGUAAUAAAGACUUAAUUUAGAGUUAUUUGGAAACUAGGGGAACAUAUUCUAAGUUAAAAAGACUUAAUUUAGAGUUAUUUGGACACUAGGGGAACAUAUUCUAAGUAACAAAGACCUAAUAUAGAGUUUUUUGGACACUAGGGGAACAUAUUCUAAGUAACAAAGACCUAAUAUAGAGUUUUUUGGACACUAGGGGAACAUAUUCUAAGUAACAAAGACCUAAUAUAGAGUUAUUUGGACACUAGGGGAACAUAUUCUAAGUGACAGAGACUUAAUUUAGAGUUAUUUGGACACUAGGGGAACAUAUUCUAAGUGACAGAGACUUAAUUUAGAGUUAUUUGGACACUAGGGGAACAUAUUCUAAGUUAAAAAGAAUUAAUUUAGAGUUAUUUGGACACCAGGGGAACAUAUUCUAAGUUAAAAAGAAUUAAUUUUGAGUUAUUUGGACACUAGGGGAACAUAUUCUAUGUAACAAACACUUAAUUUAGAGUUAUUUAGACACUAGGGGAACAUAUUCUAAGUAACAGAGACUUAAUUUAGAGUUAUUUGGACACUAGGGGAACAUAUUCUAAGUAACAAAGACUUAAUUUAGAGUUAUUUGGACACUAGGGGAAAAUAGUCUAAGUAAUAAAGACCUAAUUUAGAGUUAUUUGGACACUAGGGGAACAUAUUCUAAGUAACAAAGACUUAAUUUAGAGUUAUUUAGACACUAGGGGAACAUAUUCAAAGUUAAAAAGACUUAAUUUAGAGUUAUUUGGACACUAGGGGAACAUAUUCUAGGUUAAAAAGACUUAAUGUAGAGUUAUUUGGACACUAGGGGAACAUAUUUUAAGUAACAAAGACUUAAUUCAGAGUUAUUUGGACACUAGGGGAACAUAUUCUAAGUUAAAAAGACUUACUUUAGAGUUAUUUGGACACUAGGGGAACAUAUUCUAAGUAAUAGAGACUUAAUUUAGAGUUAUUUGGACACUAGGGGAACAUAUUCUAAGUAACAAAGACCUAAUAUAGAGUUUUUUGGACACUAGGGGAACAUAUUCUAAGUAACAAAGACCUAAUAUAGAGUUUUUUGGACACUAGGGGAACAUAUUCUAAGUAACAAAGACCUAAUAUAGAGUUAUUUGGACACUAGGGGAACAUAUUCUAAGUGACAGAGACUUAAUUUAGAGUUAUUUGGACACUAGGGGAACAUAUUCUAAGUGACAGAGACUUAAUUUAGAGUUAUUUGGACACUAGGGGAACAUAUUCUAAGUUAAAAAGAAUUAAUUUAGAGUUAUUUGGACACCAGGGGAACAUAUUCUAAGUUAAAAAGAAUUAAUUUUGAGUUAUUUGGACACUAGGGGAACAUAUUCUAUGUAACAAACACUUAAUUUAGAGUUAUUUAGACACUAGGGGAACAUAUUCUAAGUAACAGAGACUUAAUUUAGAGUUAUUUGGACACUAGGGGAACAUAUUCUAAGUAACAAAGACUUAAUUUAGAGUUAUUUGGACACUAGGGGAAAAUAGUCUAAGUAAUAAAGACCUAAUUUAGAGUUAUUUGGACACUAGGGGAACAUAUUCUAAGUAACAAAGACUUAAUUUAGAGUUAUUUAGACACUAGGGGAACAUAUUCAAAGUUAAAAAGACUUAAUUUAGAGUUAUUUGGACACUAGGGGAACAUAUUCUAGGUUAAAAAGACUUAAUGUAGAGUUAUUUGGACACUAGGGGAACAUAUUUUAAGUAACAAAGACUUAAUUCAGAGUUAUUUGGACACUAGGGGAACAUAUUCUAAGUUAAAAAGACUUACUUUAGAGUUAUUUGGACACUAGGGGAACAUAUUCUAAGUAAUAGAGACUUAAUUUAGAGUUAUUUGGACACUAGGGGAACAUAUUUAAGUAACAAAGACCUAAUUUAGAGUUAUUUGGACACCAGGGGAACAUAGUCAAAGUAACAAAGACGUAUUUUAGAGUUAUUUAGACACUAGGGGAACAUAUUCUAAGUUAAAAAGACUUAAUUUAGAGUUAUUUGGACACUAAGGGAACAUAUUGUAAUUAACAAAGACCUAAUAUAGAGUUAUUUGGACACUAGGGGAACAUAUUCUAAGUAAUAAAGACUUAAUUUAAAAAUAUUUGGAAAUCAGGGGAACAUAUUCUAAGUAACAAAGACUUAAUUUAGAGUUAUUUGGACACUAGGGGAACAUAUUCUAAGUUAAAAAUACUUUAUUUAGAGUUAUUUAGGCACUAGAGGAACAUAUUCUAAGUUAAAAAGACUUAAUUUAGAGUUAUUUAGACACUAGGGGAACAUAUUGUAAUUAACAAAGACCUAAUAUAGAGUUAUUUGGACACUAAGGGAACAUAUUCUAAGUUAAAAAUAUUUAAUUUAGAGUUAUUUAGACACUAGGGGAACAUAUUCUAAGUUAAAAAGACUUAAUUUAGAGUUAUUUGGACACUAGGGGAACAUAUUCUAAGUAACAAAGACCUAAUAUAGAGUUUUUUGGACACUAGGGGAACAUAUUCUAAGUAAUAAAGACUUAAUUUAGAGUUAUUUGGAAACUAGGGGAACAUAUUCUAAGUUAAAAAGAUUUAAUUUAGAGUUAUUUAGACACUAGGGGAACAUAUUCUAAGUUAAAAAGACUUAAUUUAGAGUUAUUUGGACACUAGGGGGAACAUAUUCUAAGUAACAAAGACUUAAUUUAGAGUUAUUUGGUUAGGGUCAGGGUUAGAGGGUGUUAAUAAUCAACUAAUUAAUGGCGAAUAUGUUCCCCGUACUAGAGUGUUACCAUGGUUUUUUUUUACUGGUGCACAAAAUGAACCGUGCAUGAACAUCACCUUGUUCAAACAACAAAACCAACACAGUGCAUAAACUCACAACAAAUGACACACCUGCAAAUCAGUCAGCUGUUGCUGUAUCCGUAAUACGCCGAUAGGGAGAAGUUUGUAUUCAUACGAUGAGUCGGGUGUGUUUUGACCUCCGCCGACGAACCCCUGAGGCCGACUCACCGAACCCCUAGGGUUCGAUCGCACCCAGGUUAAGAACCACUGCUCUAAAGGCUGGAAUGUACUCUCGCAUCACUUAGCUUGUGUGGUUUGUUUAUAGCUCUUCUGCCGGAGCUGGCGUGUGACUUGCAAUUCUCUGGUGGACUAGCUUCCUCAAAGAGAGAACUUCCUGUGUGUAGUCGUGGUUGUAGUAAACCAGGGGUCGGGAACCUUUUUGGCUGAGAGAGCCAUGAAGGCCAAAUAUUUUAAAAUGUAUUUCCGUGUUCAACCACUGAUGAGAUUUAUUAAACAGACAAGAAGCAAGGAAUCAAACAGAGACCGGAUUCAAUUUAGCUCAAUGAGGAGAAAACGAGUAGACCUGUACCCUUGUAGUGUCGUCCCACGCUCUGACAAGAGAAUUCUACGCCUCCUCUUUUAUUUGGACUUUCCCGGAUUCCAACAACUAAAUCAGAAUCCGAAUCAGAAAUGUGUGCAUCUCUUAUUCUUUUGAACAACAUUUUUACUCUGAAGGUAACCAAUAAUAAAUAAAACACUUUUGACCAUUAAUGCGACUUCUUGAACAGGUCCAAUAGAAACGAAUGGAUGGAUUAAAAUGCAUGAGAAGGUUUUAUAUUUUGAACGUUAUUUUUAACACUGUGAUUACCAGCGGAAUUACUAAUUACUCAUCGUGUUAAAGGGGAACAUUAUCACAAUUUCUGAAGGGUUAAAACCAAUAAAAAUCAGUUCCCAGUGGCUUAUUUUAUUUUUCCAAGUUUUUCUCAAAAUUUUACCCAUCACGCAAUAUCCCGAAAAACGGCUUCAAAGUGCCUGAUUUUAACCGUCGUUAUAUCUGCCCGUCACAGCGUGAUCACACAGAAACAAACAUGGCGGAUAGCACAGAAAGGUGUAGCGAUAUUAGCUCGGAUUCAGACUCCAGCGCCAUAAGCGAUUGAACAAAUCACGCAUGUAUUGAAACGGAUGGUUGGAGUGUGGAGGCAGGUAGCGAAAACGAAAUUGAAGACAGCGGCACGGGAGGAAGCGAGGACGAAUUUGGUGAUCACCUUGCAACCAACGAUUGGUAUGUGUUUGUUUGGCAUUAAAUGAGGGAGGAGGAAAAGGCUGGAUGCAAAUAUACCUACAAAUGAAGCAUAAUGAUGCAAUAUGUACAUACAGCUAGCCUAAAUAACAUGUUAGCAUCGAUUAGCUUGCAGUCAUGCCGUGACCAUAUAUGUCUGAUUAGCACACUCCACAUAGGUCAAUAACAUCAACAAAACUCAUAUGUCCACACUUUCCUAUGUGAUUAAAUGAGAAUCUGUCCAGAUUUUUCUAUGUGAUUAAAUGAGAAUAUGUCCACAUUUUUCUAUAGGAUUAAAUAAGAAUCUGUCCGCAUUUUCCUAUGUGAUUAAAUGAGAAUCUGUCCACAUUUUUCUAUGGGAUUAAAUGAGAAUCUGUCCACAUUUUUCUAUGGGAUUAAAUGAGAAUCUGUCCACAUUUUUCUAUGGGAUUAAAUGAGAAUCUGUCCACAUUUUCCUAUGGGAUUAAGUGAGAAUAUGUCCACAUUUUUCUAUGUGAUUAAAUGAGAAUAUGUCCACAUUUUUCUAUGGGAUUAAAUGAGAAUCUGUCCACAUUUUUCUAUGGGAUUAAAUGAGAAUCUGUCCACAUUUUCGUAUGUGAUUAAAUGAGAAUCUGUCCACAUUUUCCUAUGGGAUUAAAUGAGAAUAUGUCCACAUUUUUCUAUGUGAUUAAAUGAGAAUAUGUCCACAUUUUUCUAUGGGAUUAAAUGAGAAUCUGUCCACAUUUUUCUAUGGGAUUAAAUGAGAAUAUGUCCACAUUUUUCUAUGUGAUUAAAUGAGAAUAUGUCCACAUUUUUAUAAGGGAUUAAAUAAGAAUCUGUCCACAUUUUCCUAUGUGAUUAAAUGAGAAUCUGUCCACAUUUUUCUAUGGGAUUAAAUGAGAAUAUGUCCAUAUUUGCUAUGGGAUUAAAUGAGAAUAUAUCCAAAAUUUCCCGGGAUUAAAUGAGAAUAUGUCCAAAAUUUUUCUUUGUGAUCAAAUGAGAAAAUGUCCAAGGGUUCUUACGUGAUUAAACAAGAAUAUGAUCAAAAUUUCUAAUGUGAUUAAAUGAGAAUCUGUCCAUUUUUUUCCCAUGGGAUUAAAUGAGAAUAUGUCCAAACGUUCUAACGUGAUUAAACAAGAAUAUAAUCAACAUUUCUAAUGUGAUUAAAUUAGUAUAUGUCCACACUUUCCUAUGUGAUUAAAUGAGAAUAUGUCCACAUUUUUCUAUGGGAUUAAAUGAGAAUAUGUCCACAUUUUUUAUGGGAUUAAAUGAGAAUAUGUCCACAUUUUUCUAUGGGAUUAAAUGAGAAUAUGUCCACAUUUUUCUAUGGGAUUAAAUGAGAAUAUGUCCACAUUUUUUAUGGGAUUAAAUGACAAUAUGUCCACAUUUUUCUAAGGCAUUAAAUGAGAAUAUGUCCACAUUUUCCUAUGUGAUUAAAUGAGAAUAUGUCCACAUUUUUCUAUGGGAUUAAAUGAGAAUCUGUCCACAUUUUUUAUGGGAUUAAAUGAGAAUAUGUCCACAUUUUUCUAAGGCAUUAAAUGAGAAUAUGUCCACAUUUUCCUAUGUGAUUAAAUGAGAAUAUGUCCACCUUUUUCCAUGUGAUUAAAUGAGAAUCUGUCCACAUUUUUCUAUGGGAUUAAAUGAGAAUCUGUCCACAUUUUUCUAAGGGAUUAAAUGAGAAUAUGUCCACAUUUUUCUAUGGGAUUAAAUGAGAAUAUGUCCACAUUUUUCUAUGGGAUUAAAUGAGAAUAUGUCCACAUUUUUUAUGGGAUUAAAUGAGAAUAUGUCCACAUUUUUCUAUGGGAUUAAAUGAGAAUAUGUCCACAUUUUUCUAUGGGAUUAAAUGAGGAUAUGUCCACAUUUUUCUAUGAGAUUAAAUGAGAAUCUGUCCACAUUUUUCUAUGGGAUUAAAUGAGAAUCUGUCCACAUUUUUCUAUGGGAUUAAAUGAGAAUAUGUCCACAUUUUUUAUGGGAUUAAAUGAGAAUAUGUCCACAUUUUUCUAUGGGAUUAAAUGAGAAUAUGUCCACAUUUUUCUAUGGGAUUAAAUGAGAUAAUGUCCACGUUUUUCUAUGGGAUUAAAUGAGAAUCUGUCCACAUUUUUCUAUGGGAUUAAAUGAGAAUAUGUCCACAUUUUCCUAUGUGAUUAAAUGAGAAUCUGUCCACAUUUUUCUAUGGGAUUAAAUGAGAAUCUGUCCACAUUUUUCUAUGGGAUUAAAUGAGAAUAUGUACACAUUUUUCUAUGGGAUUAAAUGAGAAUAUAUCCAAAAUUUCCUGGGAUUAAAUGAGAAUAUGUCCAAAAUUUUUCUUUGUGAUCAAAUGAGAAAAUGUCCAUGGGUUCUUACGUGAUUAAACAAGAAUAUGAUCAAAAUUUCUAAUGUGAUUAAAUGAGAAUCUGUCCAUUUUUUCCCAUGGGAUUAAAUGAGAACGUGUCCAAAUUUUCCUACGUGAUUAAAUGGCAGUAUGUCCAAACGUUUUUAUGGGAUAAAAUGAGAAUAUGUCCACAUUUUUCUAUGGGAUUAAAUGAGAAUCUGUCCACAUUUUUCUAUGGGAUUAAACGAGAAUAUGUCCACAUUUUUCUAUGGGAUUAAAUGAGAAUAUGUCCACAUUUUUCUAUGGGAUUAAAUGAGAAUAUAUCCAAAAUUUCCUGGGAUUAAAUGAGAAUAUGUCCACAUUUUUCCAUGGGAUUAAAUGAGAAUAUAUCCAAAAUUUCCUGGUAUCAAAUGAGAAAAUGUCCAUGGGUUCUUACGUGAUUAAACAAGAAUAUGAUCAAAAUUUUGUAAUGUGAUUAAAUGAGAAUCUGUCCAUUUUUUUCCAUGGGAUUAAAUGGCAGUAUGUCCAAACAUUUUUAUGGGAUAAAAUGAGAAUAUGUCCAGAUUUUUCUAAGGGAUUAAAUGAGAAUCUGUCCACAUUUUUCUAUGGGAUUAAAUGAGAAUAUGUCCACAUAUUUCUAUGGGAUUAAAUGAGGAUAUGUCCAUAUUUGCUAUGGGAUUAAAUGAGAAUAUAUCCAAAAUUUCCUGGGAUUAAAUGAGAAUAUGUCCAACAUUUUCUUUGUGAUCAAAUGAGAAAAUGUCCAAGGGUUCUUACGUGAUUAAACAAGAAUAUGAUCAAAAUUUCUAAUGUGAUUAAAUGAGAAUAUGUCCAAACGUUCUAACGUGAUUAAACAAGAAUAUAAUCAACAUUUCUAAUGUGAUUAAAUUAGUAUAUGUCCACACUUUCCUAUGUGAUUAAAUGAGAAUAUGUCCAUAUUUUUCUAUGGGAUUAAAUGAGAACAUGUCCAAAUUUCCUAUGUGAUUAAAUGGCAAUAUGUCCCAAAUUUUCUUUGGGAUUAAAUUAGAAUGUCCAGACUUUUCUUUGGGAUUAAAUUAGAAUGUCCAGACUUUUCUUUGGGAUUACAUGAGAAUAUGUCCAAACGUUUCGAUGUGAUUAAACAAGAAGUUGUUCAACUGUUCUUUGGGAUUUAAUGAGAAUAUGUCCACACUUUCCUAUGCGAUUAAAAGAGAAUCUGUCCAAAUUUUUCAAUGGGAUUAAAUGAGAAUAUGUUCAAACUUUCCUAUGUGAUUAAAUGAUGUCCAAAUGUUCCUUUGUGAUUAAAGGGCAAUAUGUCCAAACUUUUCUAUGGGAUUAAA